CGCUUUGUCCCUCCACGAUUCGAUUCGCACCCUGGAUAUACACACCACACCCACCACACCACACCACACCACACGUCAAGUCAGUGAGUCAGAACAGCCUGAACGUGGUCGCCGAUUCUCGUGCAUCAUCCGCCCUGCCCGAUUCCCCCUCCCCCUCCCCGUCUCUCUCCCUCUCCCUCUCCCCCUGCCACUCUCUCAGCAUGACAUCGACAGCGAGGCCCGCCUCGCCCACCACCCACACCGGGCCGCUCACCGCCACAUGUUCACCACUCCCGCCGCUAUUGCUGCUGCCCUUCCGCACCGUCCGCUUGACGUCAUCCACCUCUUUGGUGCGCUCGAAUGCUGCCCCACAGGGUGGUCCACUGCUGUCGUCUGCUCUGGGGCUCGGGCGCUGUCUAGUGGGGCCAUGGGGAUGGGGGAUUGGGGUCGUCAGUAGGGACUGACACACACACACAAGAGGUGGUUGUCUGUCUCAGAGAGCGGCCCCCCCUUCCAGGCCCCGACCUUGGUUGCCAGGAGGAGCCGCCAUGCGGAGGUGCGGUUGCCGUUUGCAAGGGUGUGGAUGGGGCGGGCCAGGUGGUGAAGACACAGCAGCUGGAAAGCCACACCUGAACCAACACCAACCAGCGCGGUCAAGACACUGCCUGCCGCUGAGCGAGGGCGUAGGUGUGCGUGUGUGUGUGUGUGUGUUGUCUGGUCUGACUGUGUCGUGCCUCCAGUUCUUCGCGGGCCGUCUUGCCGUCACGCACACGCUGCCCACCCUGCCAUAGACACAGAUACACACAAGGAGAGAGAGCAGAAAAAUCCAGCGAUCCAUCCAUCGAUGCCAUCCAAGGCCUGUCUGGCCCUCACACACCCAUCCCUCCCUCCCUGCCCCCACCAUACCGUGUGGUCGAUGCGUGCAGCGGCGUAGGCCAGGCUCCCCACCCAAUCAACAGCCUUGUCAGCCAUCCCCGACCACCAUGGCGGCCCCUCACCGUCACCACCACCCCUCAUCACAGCAGCCACACAGCUGCCCACCAGCCUGUCGACGCCCCGCAGUCCACCCGCCGUGUCGAGCAGCCGACCCACAGGCAGCGAACCCAGAGAAGAAAGGGACAAAGAAGAAGAGGCCGAUGGUGGUGCUGCACCGCUGGCAGCACCCUCCUCGUCUCCCCCAUGAUGGAACAAGGCUGCCUGGUGCUCGAGAAGUCGCGUCAUGAGAUUGUUAGCCUUGUCGUUCUGGUCCCAGUAGUCCACAGAGCGGCACGCCUCCACAGCCACGGCAUAGUGCGUGAGGGGCAGGGACACGGUGGUCCCAGCCCCUUCACUCUGAGCCAGCGAUUCCACCAGCACGGCUGUGGCGGCUUGGAAAAGCUGUGGGUGUGGGAACCGCAUGCGGCCGUAGGCUGCCAGGAGGGAGACGACCAGGGAGGGGGAGAGAGGGGAGGGGGAG